UCUGUCUGCUGUCCUCACAGUUGCCAGGAAGUGACAUCGCCAGCGGCAGCGAUGUCCUCUCUGACAUCAUCCCGAGCGUGCCAAGUUCACCCUGUCUGUUUUCCAAGAGGAAGCCUAAACCCCACCCUCACCGCAACCUCGAUGAGUUACCGUGGAGUGCCAUGACCAACGACGAACAAGUGGAGUACAUCGAGUACCUGAGUCGGAAGGUCAGCACAGAGAUGGGCCUGAGGGAGCAGCUGGACAUCAUCAAGAUCAUCGACCCCUGUGCUCAGAUCUCCCCCACCGACAGCGAGUUCAUCAUAGAGCUCAACUGUCUCACCGACGAGAAGCUCAAACAGGUGCGUAACUACAUCAGAGAGCACAGCCCCAGGCAGCGGGCCAGCAGCACCAGAGAGGGCUGGAAGAGGAGCAGCCACAGCAGCGCCAGCACCGGCGGCGUGAGCGGAGCCAGCAGCAGCAACGCCAGCAUGGUCAGCUCCGCCAGCUCCUCCACCGGCUCCACAGCCUCCAACUCCGUAGCAGGUGGUACAGCGUCAGCCUGUAGUGGGAGCAGUGUUGCCAACAUUAGCAGAGCUCACAGUGAUGGCAACCUUUCCAGUGCUGCAGAACGUAUACGAGACUCUAAAAAACGUUCGAAGCAGCGCAAGCUUCAGCAGAAAGCCCUCCGGAAGCGUCAGCUGAAAGAGCAGCGACAGGCCCGCAAGGAGCGUCUGAGUGGACUGUUUCUGAACGAGGAGGUGCUGUCGCUGCGAGUGACGGAGGAGGACGACCACGUUGACGACCUGGACAUACUGAUGUGACACCAGUGAAUCAAUCAGUGCUCCCUCUACGCCUGCUGUCUCAUGGACCACGCUAACCCAGAUCACUGCAUGCAUUAGCUUUGAGUAGGCUCAGCAUUUUUAAGAGUAAUGUCUCAAAGGCAGUUAUAGCUUGUAGUAGCCUCUAACAUGUCCUAUUGCUUGCUAAUUCUAGUGUAGUACCGUUAAUGCGAAAACGGAUAGCCGCUGCAAUCACUACUGAGCUAGCUACAGCAAUAAUGCCGCUAAUGCUUUGAUUAGAUUCAGACCUCAGUCCAGCCUGCCAGUGCUCAUGAACCUAGAGGCUCGCAGAUACACAUCAAUAUACACUACUAAUCAUUUUUUUCAGCUUAUUACGGUUAGCAAGAGGAUUGCUUAUAGGUGCUGUAACAGCUACACCCACUGCUACUAAUACAGCCACCACUGGCAGAAGGACAGAUCAGGCUAGAGAAAGGCGAGUUUGGCCACAUUAUGCAGCUGUUGCUCUGUGAAAAACCAGGUGAUGGCAGCAGGUUUAUUUCUUCACAACAUACAGGAGCAACUAUAUGCAAGUUGGCAAUAUUUGAGCUGAUUUGGUGGUGGAUUGCACCCACCUGCAUACACAUACAUCCAUACUCUACAGGGCUAUAUCUGCACUGGCCAAACUCUGUUCAUCUACAGCUGUAGUUUAAACUGCUGCAGCAUGAGGCCUACAGUCUGUCAGUUUUAAUGUCACAGCAGAUUUAUUGUAAAUACGAGUGCCCUCAUAGGGAACAACACAAUGUUUAGAAACCUCACACUUCUCUAAAUGGUGAAUUCAGAUUCAUUUCAGGGUAAGAUAAUUGGUGAAACUCAUCCUCCAAAACUAACAAAUAACAUCAGAGAUUCAAAGGUUCCUGGUGUGGAGACUGUAGUGAGCUGGUCUGUCUUUCUAUCUGCUGAGUGUUGUGGUCCCAUUUCACUCUUAAGGCGUAGAGGGAGCACUGAAAACAGUGCAUGUUUAAACCGCCACCCACACCGAGUCCCCGUGUGGUCCAAAAACUAACAACUCGCAUCAUUAUUUGCAGACACCUGUUCAAAAAUAGCUUAUGUGUUGUAAAUAAAUGAUAAAUAACAGCAUAUUUACUGCUUGUUUUAAGGUUCUCCUUGGUGAUAAAGGUUUGAUAUAAAGUUUUUUUCCCCUGUGUACAUAUAUAAUGACAAGGUAGUGAACUAAUUGGUUAUCAUAGCUUGAAAAUGCUGUCAGUUAGCACUGGUUCUUUGCUAUGUUUUGAGUCUUAUUUUGAAGCAUUUAGCUGUUCCGUCACAUGUACUUGAGUUUGGUCUUCGUCUCAGACAUCCUUUAAACUUUGACUUUGUCAAGUCCUCGUUGUUUCUCUGCCAGCACUCCUACUGUAUGUUUUGCCUGAGACAGACCUAAAUAAUCUUCAUCAUUUACUUCUGUUUACAUUUAUGAAUGAUUUGACCUCCGUGGUAAGUUACAAGCAUUUGAGCGUAAAGUCUUACAAGAAGUUUUUGUUUUACGGAUCGCCUUGUCUGUCCGUGCACUGUAUAGCUGGUUUGGCUUUGGCGCUAAACUUGAGCUGGUUUCUUAAGAAUGUGCAUCUAACAUCGAGCCAUUAACUCAGCUUCCAGAAGUGUGUUCAUUUCGCUCCGUUAAAAUAUUUAUGAUGUACGAAAAGGUGUUGACGAAGCACUAACGCCUCAAAAACAGCCUUUUGUGGAGGUGUAGCUACCAUGCCGUUGUCAUGUUUGCUAACCUGAGAUUUUGUUGGUGUUUUUUUUCUCCGUUUUUCUUUUGUUCUACCUUGUAUAAGAAACACUUUCCCACAGCUUCUCAGCUGUAUCGUGAUAAACCACUGCAGUUAUUGGGCUUAAAAGCCUGCUGUCAUUUCUAAUACUUUAUGUGUACUGAGCUUUGGCUCUUGUCUCUGUCUCAUGUAUAAAAGUUAUUAAUUACAGCAAUUAUGUUAAAUGCAGCUUUAUGUAUUCUGUAGUUAUGAAUUAGUAAAACUCUAUUUUGAAAAAUAAGAUAAUUUUGAGAAAAAAAAUAAAAUAAGCCAGUGUGAUGCAACAAAGUUAUUUGUGUAUAUACCAUGUAAUUGCAGAAGAUGAAUGAUAUUGAACUGAUUAAAUAUGGUUAAAAAAAGGCUUUAGUGUAAACUUUUUGUUGGGGAAGAUUCCCCCCAGUGUCAUUGUUAGAUUUAUUUUACACCAGACACACGUUGAGGUAAAAACAUUUUAACCAUCAGCUACAAUAACAACUGUUUCUUUUACAUGUAUUAGUUCUUACAAACCUCUAUGGAGCAGUGUUUUCCUGCAGCCUGGCUGAAGCGUAUUGGAUACCGGAGAUGUUGGUGCUUCAGGCGGGACUGUGUGCAGUCCACCCAAUGAUUCUGAUUCUCUGUAAACUUGACAAAUAAACUUACAUUGUUGCAUCCUAU